AUGUCUGACAGAUCCACAUACAGAAACAUCUUCCUGCACCUUGCCUCAACAGGAGCCACUUUUGGAGGCUUAUACCAGGCGGGCUCAAUCACUGAGGAGAUAUUCCUCUGGAUGCUCCAAAAUGUGCUUCUAGUUGCAGAACAGCCAUUAACUGUCACACACCGAGCUUCAAGUCGAGUCAUCACCCGUACUACACAUGUGGUUGAGCUUGGAGAUUAUGAUGUCUCCUCUGCAGGGCCCAUUCAAGUGACAGAUGAAGUUUCUUCUUUGCGAGUCCUGAGCUACUCUGUUUCAGGCCAAGAGAAUCACUUCCGGGAUGGGGUCCGCGCAAGGGAUGGAAGAUGUGUCAUUACCGGAGUACUCAACCAGUUCGCGCCAUUUGGCAGGUGGAAUGCAUUCAAGGCUGCACAUGUGUUCCCCCUGCAGCAUGAAAGUAUAUGGAUUGAUCAAGGCUACGGCCGUUGGGUUACAAAUAUGGCAAAUGAGGUUGGACUGUCGCGGAUAAACUCAACCCAGAACGGAUUGCUGCUAAAAAGUGAUGUCCAUGAUCUUUUUGAUUCAUAUAUGCUUUCAAUAAACCCUGAUGACGGAUACAAAAUCAUAUCAUUUGGCCCAGAUAUUCUUGGGGUUGAUGGAAGGAUACUCGACCCAAUUUGUCGCAACCCGAAUGAUAAUAAUCGUGUGUCCGAUGAAUUACUGCAAUGGCAUUUUCGGCAAGCUGUGCUUGCUAACAUGAAGGGCGCAGGGGACCCUGUUUUUGAGUCUGAUUUUCCCCCUGGCACUGACAUGAUAGCAGAUAUCCGCAAGGGCCCAUCUAGCCAGCAAAGGUUUGAAAUGGAAAUGGCGUCAAGACUACAAGGCUUCUCAAGCGAAGGCCAGGUCUGAUACACAAUCAAAUAGCAACAGGGAGGUAUCCGGAGCAAAAAGGGAAGUGGUUGACACCAAACACAUAUAGAUUUAAUACCCCACAGUCAGAUUGACAACAAAACCAGUAUCCACAAACA